AUGGUUAAUUUUUUUUACUUAAAUAAGGGUCUCGCAGAAGGAAAGUUUAAUACUCUACAUGGAAAAGAAGAAUCUCAGCAAAAGUGGAAAAAAUUAGCAAAUGAAUUGAAUUCUUUUCAAGGAGCGACAAAAACGGUUGAACAAUGGCAAGUGGUUUGGAGGGACUUAAAAAGUCGUACUUCUAUUAAAGUUAAAGAUCUGCGGAAGGCGAAAAGGUUGACAGGGAAUAAAGCUAUUACACUAACAGAUUUGACGGAACUUGAACAACGUGUAAUUGGAGUGAUAGGAGCCGAGUACGUUGAAGGAAGUAAAUGUGCAGACAGUAUCCCUGAUGAGGAGAAUUUGCUGGAAGAACUUGAACAUGGAAACAAUUCAGUUUUAUCAGAGAUUCCACAAGUAAUAUUAGGUGCUAAUUCUUUGGAUAAUAUCGAUUUGUAUGAUAAGGACUUAAUUCUCGAUUCUAUUUCCGACGACUGUUUACUUGAGAAUAACUCUUCAGAACAUAAUGCAAUAAUUAGAAUUGAAGAUAACAUUGAUGUUACUCAGAAUCUCGCUAACUGUGAUUUAAGAAAGGCUCCAAAAAAUAUAUCUUUUAGUACGAUAAAAAAUACUCAAUCUCCAUCAUUAAGGCCAGCAAAACAAUCUUCACCAAAAAUUAAUGUGCUAACUUCGAGAAAAUUUAAUCGAGUUACAUCGUCUGGAUCAUUGAAGAAGCACUUCCAAUUCAUUGCUCAGAAACAGGCCGAUGCUGAAUUUAUAUAUGCUGAGUCUGCCAAAAUUCAAGCAGAGGCAUCUAAAAUGAACGCACUCGCAAUAACUGAAAUUGCACAUGCAAUAACAAAGUUAGCAGAUACUGCUGCUGUACAAGCCAUUAAUGACAAUGAACGAAUACAAGUAUUUAACAAACUUACAACAGUCUUAGAAAAUCUGGCACCUACUUAUCUUAACGAAUAAUUUCAAUAUUAUGUGAUCUCUCAGUUAUAGUUUAUUUUGUCAUAUAUACUUCAAAAAUUUUUUUUAA